GUGACAGUCACUGAGCUGAACUUACCCCCUCCUCCUUUCCACACCUGCAAAGUCUUUUGCCUGGGUUGAAUAUUUAGUUUAAUUACAUCUCAGCUUUGAGAGCUCCUGUUGCAAAUCCCUGGAUUAAAAGAUUCUGCCCAGAGCCGAUGUACUAAACCAUGAAGCUGGCUCUUCUCUUCGUUCUGCUGCUGCCAGCAUGCUUGGCCAAGCCGUUCCACCAGCAAGGCCUCUUUGACUUCAUGCUGGAGGAUGAAGGGUCCGCCGAUAUGCCUCCAACAGACGAUCCUGUCAUAUCUGGAUUUGGACCAGUGUGCCCCUUCCGCUGCCAGUGCCAUCUUCGUGUGGUGCAGUGCUCUGACCUAGGUCUGGAAAAAGUGCCAAAAGACCUUCCUCCUGACACAACUCUACUGGACUUACAGAACAACAAAAUCACUGAAAUCAAAGAAGGAGAUUUCAAGAACUUGAAGAACCUUCAUGCAUUGAUACUUGUUAACAACAAAAUCAGCAAAAUCAGCCCAUUAGCUUUUGCUCCUCUGAAGAAACUGGAAAGACUUUACCUCUCCAAGAACAACCUGAAGGAACUCCCAGAAAACAUGCCGAAGUCCCUUCAGGAGAUUCGGGCUCAUGAGAACGAGAUCUCCAAGUUGAGGAAAGCUGUCUUUAAUGGACUGAAUCAAGUGAUUGUCUUAGAACUAGGCACCAAUCCAAUCAAGAGUUCAGGUAUUGAAAAUGGAGCUUUUCAGGGGAUGAAGAGGCUCUCCUACAUCCGUAUCGCGGACACCAACAUUACUAGCAUCCCAAAAGGGCUUCCCCCAUCCCUUACUGAACUUCACCUUGAUGGCAACAAAAUCAGCAAAAUUGAUGCUGAAAGUCUUUCUGGACUCAUCAACUUGGCAAAGUUGGGUCUCAGCUUCAACAGUAUUUCUUCAGUUGAAAAUGGCUCUCUUAACAAUGUACCUCAUCUGAGAGAGCUCCAUUUGAACAAUAAUGAACUUGUUAGAGUACCUGGUGGGCUGGGUGACCACAAAUAUAUUCAGGUGGUCUAUCUGCACAACAACAAAAUUGCUUCAAUUGGUAUCAACGAUUUUUGCCCUCUUGGCUACAACACCAAAAAGGCGAGCUAUUCUGGUGUGAGUCUCUUCAGCAACCCCGUGCAGUACUGGGAAAUCCAGCCGUCUGCUUUCCGGUGUAUCCAUGAACGCUCUGCAGUACAGAUUGGAAAUUACAAGUAGAUGUCUAAAGAUGGGGUUCGGUUGUGUUUCAGCUAAAGUACCUGUUGUAAUAGGCCUGUUCAAAAAAUUGUUGCUAACAAUUAACACCAAAUAUCAGAAACUUCACUUUAUAGUGGAGAUGAUCCGUUGAUGUAGAAUAAAUGAAUCAUUACAGAUGUACAAGACCAAGCAUACCAUCAAAAAUAAUUGCCAUCUGUGCUUUAAACUGACUUAUUUCAGCCUUCUCUUCCAGCAUGCUUUCUGUGGUAUUUUUCAGUUUGCUGAAUGCUACAGGUUUUCAGAUUCCACUGUAUAUGAGAUUCGGGGUAAAUAUUUGUCAAGUUAUGAUAUUAAAGAAAAAAAAAAAUGUUUGAGGUUAUUUUUAUAGCCAUACACAAAGAAAAAUAAGUGUAGAGGGGAAAAAAGUUUUGAGACUUGAGAAGGUGAGAGUUACCUCCUUUAAAUUUAUUUCAAGCCCUGGAGGUUUAAAAGUAUCCACUAUAAUACUAAGCUAAUUCUGAAUGUAUCUAUUUAGCAAAGGCAGAUAAAGUUGUUGCUAAUGCUAUUAUUUUGGGAAAAAUUAAAUAAAUUCACAUUGUACACAUA